GUGUACGUGAAUGCGUCACUGGUCGACGGCGACAUCCUACCACCCAGCAACCAAGACGUCUGCAGCACCACACAUUUCCAUUGCACGCCAACAUGACAUCCACGACAUUCGCUUUGCUUUUUCUGCGGCUUUCCGCCUCCAUGUUUUCGGAAGCCGAAGCGGCAAGAAGCCGUACGGGCAGUAGCCAAAACAGCUUCCGACGGGCGGCGAACGGCGUCUACCAGACCCUCAGCAGCGUGUUCGGCGAGGACAGCAUCCGAGGCCUGUACAAGUUUUUCUCCAAAGCGACAGAACGCUUUGUUCAUGGAGUGGAUUCCUUUCUUGACACCGUCUGGAAGAUCUGGUCUGACCUCCUGGACGUGAUGGGCAUCGACUCGUCCAACCUCAGCCACUACUUCAGCCCGGCGUCCCUGAGCAGCUCGCCGGCACGAGCCCUCCUCAUGGUGGUCGGCGUCCUGGUGGCCUUCUGGUUCCUCUCCAUGUUCCUGGGCGGCGUCUUCUACCUGCUGCACGCCGUCUUCGGCCGCUUCUUCUGGCUGGCGCGCGUGGUCCUCCUGGCCCUGUCCUGCCUCUACGUCCUGCAGAAGUUCGAGGGCGACCCCGAGCGCGCCGUGCUGCCGCUGUGCGUGGUCAUGGCCUUUUACUUCAUGACGGGCCCCGUGGGCGUGUACUGGCAGCGCGGCGGCGGAGGCUCGCUGGAGGAGAAGGUGGACCAACUGGACACGCAGAUCAGGCUGCUGAACAUCAGGCUGAGUCGGGUCAUAGACGGCCUGGAGCGCACGGAGUAGAAGCGCUGGAGACGACAUCUGUUAUUGCGUUUUUAUUUUUUACCUGCUUGAAUCUGAAAUGUGAAGAAAUCAAGACAACUUUAUGAUGCCUCCAGAAUUUUUUUCCAAAGUGUUUUGGAAAGACAAGCUCAAGUUGCAUAUUCUGCAUUUUUAAUGUUAUUCCACAACUUUUACGUACAGUGUGUACGACACUGGGGCCAAUAAGUACAAUGAUAGUACCUUUUUAUUUAUUGUAUUUCCUGUAUCUUGUUAGUGACUUCCUGUAUGGGCUUAAAUAUUGGGACACACCACCAACAGGAAGUUGGAUAAAGUGGAAUUUGCAGCUUCCCCUCUUAGAAUACAACAUUUGAAUGACUGCAUUUAAAAAGGGUGUUUCUUCAGGUCCUUAGUCCGCAUGCAUCACCUCCCGCUCAGCACUUAGACAAGGCGCAUUUUCAAUUAUAAUUCACUUUUCCAUCAGUGUCAUGCCAUCGGCCCUUUUAGGAGAUCAUAAAGUAGUUCCCUUAAAGGUUGCUUUUAAUGCCUGAUGGAUAUGUAGAGUGCAUCAUUCUGUAUCGCAUUCCUUUUCCUCUUUCAACUAACAUUCAGGACUCUUGAGGGCAAUUUUGUAUAUGUUGACCACUAGAACUACCUAAUAUUUACACGCUGAUGCACUAAAUCUCAACAUGGUAAUGGGACAUCAUUUAUUAAGUACCGUAUUUUUCGGAAUAUAAGUCGCACCGGCCGAAAAUGCAUAAUAAAAGGAAAAAAACAUACCGUAUUUUUCAGAGUAUAAGUCGCUCCGUAGUAUAAGUCACACCGGCCGAAAAUGCAUAAUAUAAAGGAAAAAAACAUACCGUAUUUUCCGGAGUAUAAGACGCACCGGUCGAAAAUGCAUAUUAAAGAAGGAAAAAAACAUACCGCAUUUUUCAGAGUAUAAGUCGCACCGGCCGAAAAUGCAUAAUAUUAAGGAAAAAAACAUACCGUAUUUUUCAGAGUAUAAGUCGCACCGGUAGAAAAUGCAUAUUAAAGGAAAAAAACAUACCCCAUUUUUCGGAAUAUAAGUCGCACCGGCCGAAAAUGCAUAAGGAAAAAAACAUACCGUAUUUUUCAGAGUAUAAGUCGCUCCGUAGUAUAAGUCACACCGGCCGAAAAUGCAUAAUAUAAAGGAAAAAAACAUACCGUAUUUUUCGGAGUAUAAGACGCACCGGUCGAAAAUGCAUAUUAAAGAAGGAAUAAAACAUACCGUAUUUUUCGGAGUAUAAGUCGCACCGGUAGAAAAUGCAUAAUAUAAAGAAGGGAAAAAACAUACCGUAUUUUUCGGAGUAUAAGUCGCACCGGCCGAAAAUGCAUAAUAUUAAGAAGGAAAAAAACAUACCGUAUUUUUCGGAGUAUAAGUCGCACCGGUAGAAAAUGCAUAUUAAAGAAGGAAAAAAAACACAAGUCGCACUGGAGUAUAAGUCGCAUUUUUUGGGGAAAUUUAUUUGAUAAACCCAACACCAAGAAUAGACAUUUGAAAGGCAAUUUAAAAUAAAUAAAGAAUGAACAGGCUGAAUAAGUGUACGUUAUAUGAGGCAUAAAUAACCAACUGAGAACGUGCCUGGUAUGUUAACGUAACAUAUUAUGGUAAGAGUCAUUCAAAUAACUAUAACAUAUAGAACAUGCUAUACGUUUACCAAACAAUCUGUCACUCCUAAUCGCUAAAUCCCAUGAAAUCUUAUACGUCUAGUCUCUUACGUGAAUGAGCUAAAUAAUAUUAUUUGAUAUUUUACGGUAAUGUGUUAAUAAUUUCACACAAGUCGCUCUGAGUAUAAGUCGCACCCCCGGCCAAACUAUGAAAAAAACCGCGACUUAUAGUCCGAAAAAUAUGGUAUGUCCAUGUGGUACGUUUGAACUAUUGGAUUUAAGUCUAAUUCUGCUAAAUAAUGGUUUGAGUUAAAAGUCCCUGCAAUUAGUCAUAAGAGAGGUGGGGUCAUGUAGUUUAUUGCACUAAUUACUCAACUAUAGUCGAUACAUCUUGCCCUGAUGUGGGAUCUGAGCAGAGGAUGCACAAGCCACAACGACUUUGAGACACUCGUGAUUUAGGGCCAUAUAAGUCAACAUUGACUGUUGCGUUAGCCUUUUUGAACCGUUCAAAAAGUCCUCAAUGGGGAAGAAGGCAGUUCCUGUUAAAGCCGGAAGUUCUGUUGCCGCUGCAUGUUUUAGUACUCUUGACGACCGCAUGUGUUUUGUUUUCUGUGUGUAUUUAUAUAAAAAAGUGGUUUUAAAAAAGUGUGCUUGUUGAAACAUGUCAUUCAAAUAGUGUUACAUUGUUAAAUCAAGUUUACAAAAGCUCAUGAUGGAUUUUAAAGUGGCAUUUGUUGCAUUUGACACUGGAUUUGAGUUUGUCUUUUGAAGCACUGAAUAUAAUGACAACUUGCUGACAAACCUACCCAAUUAUUCCAUUCACAAAUACUUGCUACUCCUGUUACUUCAUUUUUUGCCUUUUUUCUGUGCCAACUUGAAUCUGUGUUUUGUUUUUUCUAUCAGUUAAACAUGCUUUUUAUUUUUUUAUUUUUUAUUUUUAGAAUAGGCCAUGUGAAAUGUUGAAAAACUGAUGUGUGUUUUUAUGCAAACAUGUUGGUAGCCAAUCAGCUUCUGUUUUGUGUAUGAAAACUAUGUAUUUAAAUAAAAUAAACUGACUCCAAUAGGA